AUGGCCGGCUCACAGGCCCUCGUCGCUUUCCGGGAACCCACCGGCCGGAUGGCGGUCCGUACCUACAACAUCAAUGGCUACGCCAUGCCGGCGAACUCCACGGUCUGGUUCCAGGUGCUGAACUCGUCGGCUGAAUUCUCCGACGGGCAAAUGAGGCUGUUCGCCGCCCUGGUCCUGCCGGAGGGGGCUCCGACCUCGUUGAACCACAUCUGGCAGGUGGGCCCCGCCGUCUCGGGCGGUGUGCCGGUCAGGCACGAGUUUCAGCCGGCGAAUCUGAACGCCAAGGGAAGACUCGAUUUGCUGGGGAGAGAUCCCACCGGUCCCACCGCCACCGGCGGGGACUCGAGAACCAGGAAGAGAAAUAUUCACGGGGUGCUAAACAUGGUUAGCUGGGGGAUUAUGUUACCAGUUGGGAUCAUAAUCGCACGAUACCUUAAGGUAUUCCGAUCAGCCGACCCAGCUUGGUUUUAUUUGCACGUUUUUUGUCAAAUUUCCGGCUAUGCCAUUGGAGUUUCCGGCUGGAGCACCGGUCUUAAACUCGGAAGUGAGUCACAUGGUAUUACAUACUCAACUCACCGUAAUAUCGGGAUCACACUCUUUGUUAUUGCAACCGUGCAGAUAUUUGCCUUGCUGUUGAGACCCAACAAAGAACACAAAAUUCGAUUUUAUUGGAAUAUCUACCACCAGGGGAUAGGAUACACGAUUCUAAUCCUCGGAAUAAUCAAUGUGUUCAAAGGUCUCGGCAUUUUACAGCCCGAGAACAAGUGGAAGACUGUGUGUAUUGUCUUGAUCUCGGUUUUGGGGGGUAUUUUCGUAUUAUUGGAGGCGAUCACUUGGGUUUUCGUUCUAAGGAGGAAAAAAUCCGAUCAGUCGAACAAGCCCUAG